UACUUACACAACGCUAACACUUUAAUUGUUGGAGAUUUUAAUUUGCCGACUUAUGAAUGUGGUGCUUCAGACAGUAGUUGCCCUUCCGUAAAAACGUUGUUAGACUUUCUUCAUUUCUUAUCUCUGUCUCAGUAUAACAACGUACAUGCUCUAGUGCCCGAGGACGCAUACCAUCCUGCUCUCACUUGGAUAAUUAGUUUUGAGAGGGUCAAAGCGUCUGCGAUGUUAGUUCCUGGUGUUGAAGAACGUUUUAAUUUUCGCAAGCACAACGAUAUUAAUUCUGCCUGCACAGCCUUCUAUGAUUGUGUAUAUUCUAUCAUCGCAAGCUUUGUCCCCAAAAGCACUUCUACUCGUUCAUCGUACCCUGUGUGGUUUUCUCCGAAAAUUAUUAGGUUAAUCAAAAGAAAGAGAACUGUUUGGAAGAAAGCGAAAAAAUCAGGUAAUCAAUUUUUUCGUGAUGAAUUUGCACGCCUAAGGAGAGUCGUGAAGCAGGAGAUAGAAUUUUCCUAUAGGCAGUUUGUAUCUUCCGCUGAGGCAAAUAUUACGUCUGAUCCAAAACAGUUUUGGAAAUUCGUCAAUUUAAAAAAGAAAAGUUUGGGUAUUCCGUCUAACAUGACAUUCCAUGAUGAAUUGAUUACGAAUGGUGAUGAUAUAGUUAAUUCUUUUGCUAAAUACUUUAGUUCUGUAUUUUUAUUGUCAAGCAAUAAUGACUUUCCCGACAUUACACUGCCUAACUCUUUUCAUAAUUUUAAAGUCAGUACUAUCUCUGAGAAUUUAGUGUUCGAUAAAUUAAAGAAUUUAAAACCCAAGUUUACAAACGGACCCGAUUCUAUUCCAGCAUUUGUUAUAAAAGACUGUGCCGCCGUAUUUACUAAACCUUUAACAUUUCUUUUUAAUUUAGUCCUUGUUUCUUCUAAGUUCCCCGAUCGAUGGAAGAUAUCCAAAAUUGUUCCGUUAUUCAAAGGCGGUAAUCGCGCACUUAUCGAAAACUAUCGACCAAUCUCCAUUCUGAAUAACUUUGCCAAAGUUUUUGAGUUGACCUUAGUUGAAGGUUUAAGACAUCAAUGUAAAAAUCUUAUAGUGGGAAAUCAGCAUGGUUUUGUUCAAGGACGGUCCACAGUUACCAACUUGUUGACUAUUACGCAACAUCUAUCCAAUAACUUAGACAAUCAGCAUAUUAAUACCCUAACAUCAGAUGCUGUUAAACUUCUAGGUUUCAUUAUAAGAAACAGUAGUAGUAUUAACAAUGAAGCUAUAAUAAAGCUACUUUAUUAUUCAUUAGUCAGAAGCAAAUUAGAAUAUGCUGCUAUUGUAUGGUAUCCGCAUUAUACUAAGUACAUCCAUGAUAUAGAAAAUGUUCAGCGUCGAUUUUUAAAAUAUUUACAUUUCAAGAUCAACAGAACGUACCCACCAAGAGGCACCACUCAAGAACAUCUGCUCCAGACAUUCUCAAUCCCCAGCAUUGAUCACCGUGUAAGGAUACAAUAUUUGUGCUUCUUUGUCAAGACUAUCAAUUAUGAAAUCAAUUGUUCCCAUCUGCUGAGCCUGUUCAACUUUAAUUGUCCAAAAUUCAGGAUUAGGUCUAAUAAUAUCCUUUAUCUACCUACACCUAGAACCAAUAUCUUGAAGUAUUCCCCUAUCCACAAUAUUUGUCGAAUG